AUGAAAAAUGUUCCUAUUCAAGUCUGUAAUUUUGUUAACAGGUACACCAUCAAUGUUAAACAUGGGGAAUUUACAUGGAUUGUUAAAAAGAGAUAUAAACAUUUUCUACAGUUAUUUGAACAUCUGUCAAUAUUUCGAGCAAAGCAAAGUUUUCCACUACCUUCUAAAGACCACAGAGAAAGAAGAAAAACAUUAAAUAAAGAGAAGAUGAGUGUUAAAUUUCCCAAGAGGCCAGAAGCUUUAGUUUCAGAGGAUUCAAUUCCUCAGAGAAUGAAACAACUUGAAAAAUAUUUACAAAGCCUGUUGAAAAUUAAGUUGUAUAGAAAUCACACACAAACAAUAGAAUUUUUAGAAGUUAGCCAUUUGUCAUUCAUCAAAGCAUUAGGAAAUACUAAAGAGAAAGAAUGCAUGGUAAAGAAAUGUUCUGGUGGACGUCGUAUACUUACCUGUUGGGGAUGUGUUAGAAAUUUAUCUCUCUUUAGUAGAUGGAAUAAAAGGUGGCUAGUCUUAAAAGACACUUUCUUAGCAUAUAUUAGACCUGAAGAUGGUUAUGUUAGAGAUGUUUUAUUAAUGGAUUCCCAUUUUAAUGUUGAAUGUGGAAGUAAUGCCACUGGUUCUCAAGAUGGUGUUAGCAUUGGCAACUUACAAAGGAAUUUGAUUGUGAAAUGCUGGACUGCAAGAAAAGCUCAAGAAUUCACAGAAAGGAUCAGAAUAAAGGGACAAACUACAGCUUCAGACUUCACCAAAAAAAAUCGUUUUAAAGCCUUUGCUCCCAUGCGAGAAAAUUCAUAUGCACAUUGGUUUGUUGAUGCUGGUAGUUAUUUUGAAGCUGUUGCUGAAUCACUAGAAAAGGCUAGAGAAGAAAUCUUUAUAACAGAUUGGUGGUUGAGUCCUGAAAUAUAUUUAAAACGACCAAUGACAGAAGGGGACAAAUGGAGAUUAGAUGUAAUAUUAAAAAGGAAAGCUGAUGCUGGUGUAAAGAUUUAUAUUAUGUUAUAUAAGGAAGUAACGGUAGCUUUAAAUAUAGAUAGUGCAUAUAGUAAAUAUAAACUAUUAGGUUUAAAUUCGGAAAAUAUUAGGGUCAUAAGACAUCCUGAUCAUUUACCAGGAGAUGUUUUACUGUGGGCUCAUCAUGAAAAAAUGGUUGUUAUAGAUCAAAGAGUUGCCUUUCUUGGAGGUAUUGACCUUUGUUAUGGUAGAUGGGAUGAUUCUCAGCACAGAUUAACAGAUCUCGGAUACAUAAUCACACGGCGAAACUCUGUGAUAGAUCUACCUCAAAUUUCUAUGUCCAACAAGGUUUGUCUUCACUUAGAUACUAGCAAAGCUGGCAAUUUGAAACACAAUUAUAAAAAUAGUGAACAGGACAAUGAUGAUCAUAUCGAUUCUAUUGGGGAAAAUGGAGGAACUGGUAAACAGACACAAAAGACACAGAAUUCAUCUAAAUUGACUGAUAUCUCUGCCGUUGCUAGGACAGCUUCCAUGUUAGAUAGUGAACAAGCUAUUGAUGAACAAGGUUUAAAAGUUUCUACUAAAUUAUGGAUUGGCAAAGAUUAUGUUAAUUUUAUAUUUAAGGAUUUAGUUCAACUAGAUGCACCAUUUACUGAUUUUAUUGACAGAAAAACUAUGCCUAGAAUGCCAUGGCAUGAUAUUGGAGCAGUCGUUUAUGGAAAAGCUGCAAGAGAUGUGGCUCGACAUUUUAUUACCCGAUGGAAUUUCACAAAGACCAAAAAAUUUAAAGAGAAGACUAAUUAUCCAUUAUUGAUGCCAAGAAAUUACAGCCGGUGUUCAGUACCGACAUCCAUUAAAACAGUUACAUAUGAUGUGAAAACACAGAUUUUGAGAAGUUCCUGCAGCUGGUCAGCUGGUUUGGCUGAAAUUGAAGCAUCCAUUCAUACAGCAUAUAUUCAUUGUAUAGAAAAUGCUAAGCAUUAUAUUUAUAUUGAGAAUCAGUUUUUUGUUACACAGAUAGAUGAUGGUAAUAAUUCUCAAAAUGUAGUAUUAAAUGGUAUUGGUGAUGCACUAUAUAGGCGUAUAAUUAGAGCACAUAGAUGUCAAGAUGAAUUUAGAGUGUAUGUUGUGAUGCCAUUAUUGCCUGCUUUUGAAGGAGAAUUUGGUACUGCUGGUGGAACCAAUCUACAAGCUGUGACUAACUGGAAUUAUGCUUCUAUUUGCAGAGGUCAAUAUUCAUUAAUAGAAAAAUUAUCACAGGAAGUUCCUGAUCCAUUAAAAUAUGUGGUCUUCUGUGGCCUCAGAAAACAUGCUGAAUUAAGUGGAAAAAUGAUGACAGAAUUGAUAUAUGUACAUAGUAAAUUAAUGAUAGUAGAUGAUGAUACAGUUAUAAUUGGCUCUGCUAAUAUUAAUGAUAGAAGUAUGUUAGGAAAACGUGAUAGUGAACUAGCUGUGAUAGUAGAAGAUAAUCAGAAAACUGGUGUUCAAAUUAACGGAAAAGAACAUAUGGUUGGAAAAUUUGCAUCAUCUAUACGUACUACUUUAUUUAGGGAACAUCUUGGUUUAGACAGUGAUGAUUUAGAUAUAACUGAUAUAGUACAUGAUGAUUUUUAUAAAGGUGUUUGGAUAAAACAAGCUGUUGUUAACACCACUAUUUAUGAUAAAGUUUUUAACUGUAUUCCUUGUGAUUUUGUGCAUACAUUUCAACAACUUCGAGACUACACAAACUCACCAUCAUUAAGUGAAUCUAACCCAAGUGAAGCUCGAGAGAAAUUAAAAGGAGUAAAAGGACAUUUAGUAUUGCUUCCACGAGAUUUCCUCAAAUCAGAGAAUUUGGCUCCUGCUAUUGGAACUAAGGAGGCAUUAUUACCUUCUACCCUAUACACAUAA